AUGUCAGGUCGAGGUGGAGCUGCUCGACCGAAUGGACCAGCUGCUGGAAACAAAAUUUGCCAGUUUAAACUUGUUCUCUUGGGAGAGUCAGCAGUGGGGAAGUCCAGCCUUGUUCUGCGCUUUGUGAAGGGCCAGUUCCACGAGUACCAGGAGAGCACCAUCGGUGCGGCGUUCCUUACACAGUCUGUCUGCCUGGACGACACAACGGAGAUCGGGGAUACGGCCGGCCAGGAGAGAUACCACAGCCUGGCCCCGAUGUACUACCGGGGGGCACAAGCUGCCAUCGUGGUCUAUGAUAUCACCAACCAG